CCGACCACGUCGUAUAUAAAAACAGCCUUUGGGACAGGGUGUCUUUGACAGAGCCAUAAUAAUUCGAGAGCGAGGCGGGGCAACUGACAUGCACGAAAAUGGCAGUUCCGUCGGUAUGGCUAAGGCUCCCGCCUGCCGUACGGUUACAUCUCUUCGCCCAUGCCGCGGCAGCAGAGCGGCUGAGCUUGCUGCGUGCAACUGCACUCCAAGCAAGGACUAAGCAUGCAAUCCAAUGUAGUGCAUCUAAACCCUACCGACGUGCGUACGCCACCGUCGCUCAUCAGGAUGCCAAGGAUAUGCGGGAGGCGUACCAUUUCAACGUUAAGCCGGGCCCGACCGCUGAACCAGCGCAGACCAAAGGCCAACACCAGGGGAAGCCUGCAGAGAUAUUUGAAGGUCAAGGAUCGCUUGUGCUACCUCCACCGGGUGACUACAUAGGCGCGCCAGCUGAUCUAUUCAUACCUGAGCGGAUGUCUUCAGGUGUCCAUGCACUCUGUUCUCAAGCCAAACAGAAAUGCAAGGCUACAGAGACCUUCUCUGCUGGUUAUACCAGUAAGAAGAUAAUCUGGUAUUCCUGCGAUCUCAGUCUUACUGUAAGCAAUGGCUAUAGUGACAAGGUUACCGCGUCUGGAUCCUCGAAGAAGGCAGCGAAACGCGCAGCCUGGGAGCAGAUCCUCGCCCGUAUGCACGCCAACGGUAUCUUGAGGCAGUUGAUGCAGCCCAGAGCGGCUAAGGCAAGGUCAGAUCCUGUGGCAUCAUUUGUUGAGAAGCAACGCCUACCGCCCAACUUUCCUACCAAGGAUCAAUACCCUCAUGCCAACAGUGCUCUUUUUGAUCCGAGGUCGAUUCAGAGUGAAAUCCACAACCACUGCAUAAGUGUAGGGCUUGCGUUACAGAGUGACUAUGACUAUAAAGCGAGUGGACAAAGCUGGAGCUGCACACUGAAGGUUGAAGUCCCGGAUCUAUGCUCAGAGACAACCUCCGCGAACGAUACCUCGAAAGCAGGUGCCCGACAUGCAGCAUGGGUUGCUAUGCUGACACGGAUGCAUGAGAAAGGCAUUCUGCGCGAAUUAUGGCCCAAUGCUCCUGGCCAGGAGCGUCUCGUGGAUGAACAAGGCGCUGAAUCCGAGGCAACGGUGCUAAGUAAGGAAGUGAUGGCUGCAGAGAAGGAUGCCAAAGUGGAAAUAUACAACUACGCUGCAGGCUUCGGUUUGGUGCCAGAGUUUGACAUUAAGCAGGUACAAAUCAGACCUUCUCGUUCAAGGCUCGGCCGGCUCGCUCGCAAAAGUCGCAGCGCAAAGCCUGGGGUGAGAGUGACCAUCAAGCUGGCGGAGCAAGGUAUAGAAGCUACUUGCAUCGGUGACAACCUCCAAACCGCAGAGAUUACAGCAUCACUUCGCCUCAAGCAGCAAGCUGAGGCAAGACAACAGUCUCUGCCGUCAGAUGCCUCCGUGCAAAGUUCACGUGUUCUGAAUACUGAGUCUGCGAGGCUCUAUUUCGACUUCUACAAGCAGGAGAAUCCACGUACUUGGAUCGAGAUUGAGCAUGAGCAAAGCUCGUUACUCGGAGUGACACGUCAAACUGCCCAGGUCACCAUUAAUGGAAGACAGAUCGGCCAAACCGUGGCAAUGAACUCGAAGAAGCAGGCGGAGGCUGUCGCGCUGCUCGUUGCCGCCGUAGUCUUGUGCAGAGAGAACCCUUCGAUGUUGCAGGAGUUUGAACGGAGACUGCGAAGAGACAAGGGCAAAGUUCUCAGACAGCUGUCGGCCAUUGACCUACCUGUCGACACAGAGUCUGCAUACAUCAUGCGCACUGCCUUGGUUGAAGCUCGCAAGGCAGGCUUACCGGACGCGCGGGAGACUCUGUCUGCUGAAGAAGACGACAGUGUCACAGCUAUAAACUAUCCUCGCAAGCGGAGACAGCUUGAUCGGAAACAAGUCGAUUUCUUGAGCAAGCACCUAGUGAAGAAGCAGCAGGCUUUCGAGAAGAAUUCAAGUCUGCAGAAUCUUCACGCGGCAAAGGCCGCGCUACCCAUGAAUCAGUAUCGGCAAGAUGUCAUUGGGAUGGUAUCGAAUCAUCCUCACAGCAUUAUCGUCGGCGCCACCGGUAGUGGGAAGACCACGCAAGUACCGCAGAUCCUAUUGGAACAUGAGAUCGCCUCCGGCCAGGGAGGAUCAUGCAAUAUCGUAUGCACGCAGCCUCGCCGAAUCGCUGCCACUUCAGUCGCGCAGCGUGUUGCGGUCGAACGUAAUGAAGAUCUGGGCCAAUCGGUUGGUUACCACGUUAGGUUCGAUCAACGCCUACCAGAAUCCGGCGGAAGUAUAAUCUACUGCACGACGGGUAUACUGCUCGAGCAACUCAAGCACGACCCCGAUGGCACGUUGGAUGCAAUAUCACAUCUUGUGGUUGACGAAGUGCACGAGCGUGACAUCAACAUUGAUUUCCUAAUGAUCAUAAUCAAGAAAGCCCUUGCAGCACGGCUUGCCGCUGGCAAGUCAACACCAAAGGUGGUGCUUAUGUCUGCGACGCUCGAUACCGAACUCUUCGCGAACUACUUCUCCACCGAGGGCAAACCGUGCCCUUCUCUGACCGUGCCCGGACGAACCUACCCCGUUCAAGAACAAUACCUCGAGGACGUGAUGCUGGAUCUCCACAAGCACGUACCUGGGCUUGACGCACUCCUUGCCACGGACAAGGCAAGCGAGGAGUAUCUUAAGUCGGAGCGGGCAUUCAGUGCCGUGGAUGUCGAUACGCAGCCGCCGACUGACAGUGUUAUCGACUGGAAACGGGCCGGGCAGCACCCCGUUGGCGCCGAGGAAGCCGGCAAUGCUGCAGCCGAAAAAGAAGAGGCAUUAGUACCUACUGCUCUGCUUGCCGCAGUCAUCGCACGCAUCUGUAAGACGACCAAAGACGGUGCAAUAUUAGCGUUCCUUCCCGGCAUCGACGAGAUUUUGAAGACACAGGCUUCUUUACUGGAGUCUAUCUUCGCAGAUCUUGACUUCGGCGACCCCUUGAAGUUCCGCAUCUGCUUGCUGCAUUCUAUGGUCCCCAAGGAUGAGCAGGCUGCCAUCUUUGGACAACCACCACCAGGAUGCCGCAAGAUCAUUCUAUCGACAAACAUCGCUGAAACCUCCAUUACGGUCACUGAUGUCAAGCAUGUCGUGGAUACCGGCAAGCUUCGAGAGCUCAGGUAUGACCAACUCCGACGCAUUACGAAACUCCAGUGCGUCUGGGAGAGCAAAUCGAAUGCGAAGCAGAGAGCCGGCCGGGCGGGCCGUGUGCAAGAUGGCUACUACUGGGCACUGCAUUCGAAGGAGCGACACAACUCUCUGAAGGCUGUGGGCUUGCCGGAGCUACUGCGCGUUGAUCUGCAGGAGACCGUGUUGUCAAUCAAGGCGCAAAGGUUCAAGGAGCCUGUGGAAGAAUUGCUCGAGCAGGCAAUCGAGCCCCCGCCCACCCAAGCCAUAAGAGCUGCAAGAGACAAUUUACAAGCCAUUGAGGCCUUGACCGGGGACGAAAGGCUCACGAUGCUUGGGCGUUUGCUCUCGAAGUUGCCGGUGCAUCCUACCCUGGGCAAAAUGAUUGUGCUCGGCGUCAUCUUUAGAUGCCUGGACCCCAUGCUCAUUUUCGGCGCAGCAGCAAAUGAGCGCUCGCUCUUCAUCAAUCCGAUCGCAGCUGAGCCUCGAGCCGCAGCCAACCGAGUCCGGCGUGCUUAUGCAGGCGAGCACUCAAGUGACCAUUUAGCCAUUCUUAGGGCUUUCAGGGAGAUCCGCGCGAUACAGCGUCAAGACGGCCAACCCUCAGCUUACCGCCGAGCGGUGGAGCGAAACAUUCACAUUGGAGCUUUCAAGACCAUCGACCAGACUGCGCGGCAGAUCUUAGAAGUCCUUGGAGAGACUGGACUGAUACCCAGAAUAUUAGGGAGCCAUCAGCGCGAGACGGUCUACGGAUCAGCCGAACUGAACCGCAACUCAGACAAUCCUAUCUUAAUACAAGCACUUCUUUUGGCAGGUCUGUACCCUAAUCUCGGGGCCAAGGUAUCCGAGAGAGGGUCCUCGUACAGAACGCCGAACGAGCACGGAGUGCUUAUGCAUCCCGCGUCUCUGAACGACGACAUCGGGCGCAAGGAGAAGAAACAUCGCUCCGGCACGCUCUUCGCCUUCAGCAGCCUCAGCCAGAGCAACGAUGGCAAGUGCAUCUUCAUGCGGGACUCUACAAUGGUCAGCCCACUCACUGCUGUCCUGUUCGGCGGAAGGCUGCAGAUGAGCGACAGCAUUCGGCUGUCAAUGGAUGACUGGCUGCCUUUCUUUGUGCAGGCUAGCGACCGGCAGUUUGCGACGAAGCUUCUGUUGGAGUUUAGAAAGGCAUUGGAUAGGGUGCUGAACAAUGCGUUCAGGGAUCUUUCGAAUCUUGAUUUGUCAGGGCAUGGCACGUCGUUUGUGGACGACAACAUCCGGGCAGCGUUUACGGAUAAGGUGGUGCAACUGCUCGAUCAGACAAGCGGAAGAGCGCAUGCACAAGCGUUCAAUCUCCUUCAGCCCCUGUAACCGAGGGGCCAUUGGUAGCACGAUCACGAAG